AAGCUUAGGAACCUCGGCGGAAGUUGACCGCUGAUUGGCUUGAAUGGUUGUCUAUCAACCUUCUCAGGUGAGGGAGGAGGAAGCAGAAGUGGCACAGGGUGAAUGAGCGCACAGAUGCCAGGAGGCAAGGAGAAGCAAGAAGAACUGCUCAGCACACACCAGUAACUGCAACUUUAUUGCUCUCCUGAGCUUCUGAAGGGGGCAACAUGGAUGAGACCGAGCUAAGAAGAAUGUCCACUGGACAUGUAUUCUGUGUGAUUGCUGUCGCUCUGUCCAUAUGUAUUCCAACUCUCUUUUUGGAUGGAUUUUCCUUCCUGGGAACACACCUGAGCUGGUUGUGCAUCUGCUCUUUGUGUGUUAUAAUCGUCAAUAUCCUCUUGCUUCUAACGCUGAAACCAAAUGCUUCCUCCAAAAAGAGUUCUCUUGCAAACAAGUUCAACAAGCUCACAAAGUCCUGCAUCUACUUUCUGAUUUCCUGCUUCCUCUUUCACGGAAUCAUAGUCCUGUAUGGUGCUCCGCUUGUUGAGAGUGUGGCAGAGACCUUUCUGUUUGCUGUUCUCUUAUCAUCUUUCACUACUUCACGCUGCCUCUGUCUACUAGGACCAAGCUUUCCUGCCUGGCUCAGAGUUUUCAGUAAAGAUGGGGCGUUGUCCGUGUGGGAUCACAGCCUCCAAAUUACUACUGUAAGCAGUGUGGUGGGCGCUUGGCUCGGGGCAUUCCCUAUACCCUUAGACUGGGACAGGCCAUGGCAGGUGUGGCCCAUAUCCUGCUCAUUGGGUGCUACCAUUGGGUACGUGGCUGGUCUUCUCAUGGCACCUGUUUGGAUCUAUUGGAACAGGAAGAGACUCACCUACAAAAGCAGAUAGCAAGAACUGCAAAGAACUCAAUACAUUCUACUCAAAGGACUGUCGAAAUCAGAGCCAGGGUUCAACGUUUUUGUUGCAACUUAUCCACUUGGUGUUACUGGCUGGCACAGUUCCUACUUGAAUAUAUAAAUAUAACCCUGAGUAAUGGUACCUGUUCUUCAACAGAGGAAUGGCCUGCAUUCUUCUCCGCUUUGGAACCCAUUGUGUUUGAAAAGUAGGUCAAUAAAAAGCCUUUUGUCGUGGU